CUCGCUCGCAAACCGCAGUUAUGUUCCUCUUGAUAAUCGUCGUCAUCGCCUUACCAACUGUUGCCUCUGAUGAUGAGCAGUACACUGCUCUCCAUUUCGGUACUUCCACUAAUGACUACAUUGGAUUCAAGAUUGAUAUGGCCCCCUUCCAAGACUCCUUCUCAAUCUGCACUUGGGCCAAACGUAUACACACUUCCGUCCUACCAGCUACUUUUCAAUACGUGAUAGGGCGCUCGGACAAUGAGAUCUUGUUAGAUGCUACUGGGAAGUCACAAACAAGCAGUUGGUACAGCUGUGAGUGCAGACAUACGGAGUGCGGUAACAAAGCCUGCAGGCAGCUGGUUUAGUUAUUGUUUUACUUGGUCACUAGCCUCGAGGAGCAAUAAGCUGUAUAUUGAUGGUACUUUAGUAGGCACAGCUACAACGGCUUCUGGAAGAACACUGCAAAUGGGAGGUACGCUAUUCUUCAACAAGCUCUCUUACAGUCAUAGUUCUAGCUAUAUUUUCGGAGGCCAACUUUACCAGCUUAAUAUGUAUAGCAAAGCCUUAAGCUCGACUGAGGUAUUGAAAAUAGCGGAUGGUGGACUCUGUUUUGACCUUACAGAAUUCGCUGAAACUAGGGUUCUGAAAUGGGAACACAUCCUGUCCCAGUCAAGAAGUGGAUCUGUGAGUGAGGUUUCGAUCGGAUCUGUUGGGGAGUUUAAGAGGUGUCAGCACUGGAAGAAAGAACUAGAUUCUCAGUUGGAGGUGUCUGAAGAGAAGCUGGUAAAUAUUACUGGACAACUGAAUACAACUCUUGAAGAGCUAGGGACAGUUAAAGGGCAUCUGAAUUCCACCCAGGAAGAGCUAGGGACAGUGAAAGGUCAUCUGGAUUCCAACCAGGAGGAGCUGAAUUCCACCCAGGAGGAGCUAGGGACAGUGAAAGCUGAACUGGAAAGAACGGAGCGUGAGCUACAGACAGAGACAGCCCAACACAACAAGACAGGGGAGAAGCUGGAUACCUGCUCAACCUCCCUAACAAGCACACUGACCAGACUGGAGGACGCGAGAACAUUCCACAACAUCACCAGAUGGGAUAUCCUAUACACCUCAUCCUAUUUCAACAAGGUGCUCACUGAGGAAUCGUUCAAGCAACUCUCGUCCAGUUGGGGAAUGUUGGGGAAGUUGGUAGGUAUGAACAUAACUGAAGGUGUUGUCGAACACUUCCGCCAGUACCACCAAGAACCCGUGUGCGACGUCUUCGAGCAAAUCUCACUUCCAAUGCUCAUACAAUUAGAAGGAAUUGAAUUGACAAAGGGGAUAAAUGAACACUUCGGGGACACUCACUUAGUGAGUCGUGAUGACUCACCAUGCGAGAGCGAUACGGAUAGCUAACAAAACAGAGAAAGAACUACGGGGGACACGUGAAGCUGCAGCCCAGGAUCACACGUGACUGCAGCAACAGCAGCCCUAAUCAACUAUCAAGUUCAAGGAACAAACAUUGUUUGAUUUCGGGAGAUUUUUUAAAGCUAUAACUAGCU